AUGAGCUCCAAUGAUAAAAACAGUGAAGUGGCCGUAGACAAGGUUGGCGAAUCGGGAGACGCGAAAAGUGAUCUAAAGGGAGCCAAAAGGGCAGCAGAGGAAAAAGUUACGGAGGCGAAAAAGGCGCGAAAAGAGGAAAACGGUGGCGGUGGUGAUGAUGGAGCCCACAGUGAAGAAGAGGAUAUAGAGGGAGAGGGUGAAGAAGGAGAGGAUGAUGAUGAAGAAGUGGAAGGGGAGGAAGGUGAAGAAGAUGAGGAAGAAUUAGCUGAAGAAGACGAUGACGACAUUGAAGAUGAAGAAGUUGAGGAGGAGUUAAUAGAUGAAGAAGAAGAAGAUGACGCGUAA